GACAAUCCACUGUUGCCUGGAGCUCCAGCCAGCAGUCAAACCUAGGUAGCUCCUUUCGUAACUCCAACUUUUCUUCGAAGCUUCAAAGAAACCAUCUCUUGAAUUGUGCUCUUUUUUUCUUUUGACUGUUGCUGUUGUUAUACAACCUAUUGUUUCAUGGUGACUGACAUUUUCCUGAUUGCCACCUGCCUGCUCGACCAUUGCUUCACCACCUGGGAGUUAUCUUUCGUUUCUGAGCUUACGCACGCUGGACGCUUGCUUCUUUUUUGAGACCCUCGUCUUUUCUUUCUGUGAGCUAUUCACUUUGAGAUUCAACGCUUGAGAUUUUGUCUUUGGGCGUUAGUGUUGAGGUUUCCUUUAAUCGAACCCGCCACUCUACUGCUCCUUUACCCUACCAAAUCUCCAUCUCUUGUCCUGCAGCAGAGAUGCUUCCUCCGUUCCGUAUUCAACGCCUUUGGGCGUCUGAAAACCCGUCAGGUCCAGAUUUCGGAGAUGAUUUUACAUCCUCGCCUCCAAGCUACGAUGAGAAUAUGGAUAUUAUCCAUAUAUCGGAAUCUGUCUAUGACAAUAUUCUAUCACGAUCGCGCGAUGCUGCUUUGAGAUACAUGGAUGAAGACGAUGGGGAAAUUGUGACUAUUGGCUCGUCUCUCGAACUUGUUCAGCGCCUAGAUGAACCAUUACCACGAUGGAUGCGAUCAUCACGUCGCUCUUUGCCUGGAGCUUAUCCUAACGCUUCACCGGCCGCCGAAACUCCUGCAGCUGCAGAGGCAAACAACACGCAUGUAUUUGAGAUUAAUCGCACCAAUGAAGUCAUAGAAAUAUGGCGAACGACAUCGGCAACAGCAAAGGGACUUACUGCUCGACCGAAAGAGCUCGAAACGCCUGAGGAAUUCCUGCAAAUUUGCCCAGCCAAAGUGGAUGAUAUAUAUGAUAAGAACACUACGGUCGUCAACCAUGAGGACCCAGCAUCCAUGAGUGAUGAACCCUUAGAUAAUGAGCGCUCACGUUACUUUGAAGCAACUGAGCCCCCGUUGGCACAAGCCUGGUCGCUCUCCGAGCGUUCAAGUGAGGCGAAAGACCCAGGCUUUGCACGUGAGGAAGGCUCAGAGCCUGAGCAGGAUGAGCUGGCAAGAGAAACCACACCAUUGCUUAGGCAUGUUUCUCCCAAGCCUGUGGAUGAUACACCGUUGAAGAAUUUGACAGCGCAAGGACACCGACUGGCCCAGGAAGCCGGACAAAAGCUUCGAUCUCAUACAAGCCAUGCUAUGCAUGCCGUUCCUACAAAUCUGCCUAAUUCUGAAACGGAAAUGGCACAACACCACAAUCGAUGGGCCUCGUAUGGAAAACAAACAUCAUCUUUCGAUGCACCUGAGCCUCUCCCACAGGCAACAACCUCAGAAAGCGACCAGAGGCCUUUGCUUGAACUCUUCGAAGCCGAGCUAUCCAAGCUUACAAUAGAGGAUGCUGGUAAUAUUAAUAUCAAUCCCACAAGAGUUCCGUCAACCGAGAAUGAAACCCAGCCCUCUGCAGCAGAGAACAAUACUGCGCAUACGGAUACAAUGCCCCAGCCAAUGUCAGAUCCAGCUGAGGUUGUUGGCUUCGCGGUAAAGUCUAUGGUUGACGUUGCUGGACUAUUGGCCAACGAGCUGAAGGAAAAUCUGCCACACGCUCAGGAGCAACUCGCCAGACUCAAUCGCACGGUUCCUCAUACUGUUGAGCAUGUUAUGAGGCACGCCAUGGAUGGCUUUAGUUCUCAUUUGCAAAACCUUGCACAUGCUGCUCAGGAUGCUUCGCAAUCUAUGCAUCAGUCCGCCGCGCAAGGGAUUGGAGAUACCUCCGACACGCCUCUUGAAGGUCUAAAAACCGUAGCACUUGGAAUUUCACAAUUUAGCAGGGGCCUUUUGGCGAUGGCAGCUAACAACAGACGUCCGCAUUGUCAUUCCCAUGGGGCUCGUACUGCUGAGGUCAAUGCAGAGGAGGGAUUCGCCGGCACUGGUCAAAGCUCGACGAUGCAUGACACUCCUUCACCUCAGAACCCUCAAUCAAAUGCUGCGUUCGACGACCUCUACACAGUUACCCCACCAAGGGCCAAGUCACCGACGCCACGAGAAUUCAGGGUGGACGAAAGUGAUGAAAACAGUACACAAACACAAUCUGCGAAUGGCGGAGAGUCACAUUUGCCCGCUAGAGGACCGACAUCUGAUGAUCUCCCCGUAGAUGAUAAGACUAUACCCCCGCGUGGCCAUACACCUACUCAUCCACACGGCCCGCUACGUCGCUCUCGUGUCUGCCCCGUUGGCGGAGCGCAUUUCUCACCUCCACGAGAUAUUCGCCUCGGUUCGCGACACUGGCCUGGUCCACGAAGAGCGCCAUGUCUUCCUUAUGAAUAUGUUGUGCCACCCCGAGGCUAUCGGAGUUUGAAUCCUUUGAGACCCUCUGUAUCGUUCGCCAAUCAGCCUCGGGACCGCAGACAUAGUCGCUCUCCACCCUUUUCUCCAGCCGCCACUUCAACAGGAACUGGUCGUGCCUCGUUCAUACACCCAUCGAGUUCACCUAGACAUGGGCCAAUUCGACUACCGGAUGACUCAUUGCCGUCUUCGUUGUAUCUUGGCCGGGAAGUUCGCGGCAGAGACUUGGAAUCUGACAAUCAUCCUUUCAGGUCUCUGAAGAACCGAAGGCCAUGGCACCCAGGCUUUCAGCCUAACGAGAGCCGUCCUUCGCCAGGAGCGGAUGCGGCCGUGACGGCGGAUCCUGUUUGGUCCCCUCUGCGGCCCACGAACACUUUUCCAUCUUCCGCGCCGGCGCCCCAACCUCCAACUCAUGCCCAUACUUCCCGGUUUGGAUUUAAUGAUGAACAAAUAAACCCAAACCGUCCAGUCAGUCUUGACAAGGACGCAGCAUUGGCUUCUGCGUCUCAGGAUAUUGAUCGCUUGUCUCAAUUGGAAAUGUCACGCUUUCCUUCCUUGUCACAAUUCGAGAAGUCUACCAACGAGGGACUGCCGCGCUUCCCACCUCUGCCAUCAAUGGAAACUCUCAUCCCGCAAAAUUACGGCAAGAAGAAGGCUUCCAAGAAUCCAUUCUCCUCUGUUGCACGUGAGGAGGGAAGAACUUCCAUGCCCCAGUCUGAAAAUUCUCGUGGCGAUCAGACUGAUACCGCAAAGGGCAAGUAUCAAGCGGAAGCUGAGCCUUCGGCCAAACCGUUGCCUCCUCGUCCGGCUGAGCUUGGACCAGCCAAGGCUGGCGCUACGCUCGCUGGGCCGUUUGAUCCCCUAUUCGAUGGCACUCGCUUCGCGCCUGCCGCUGAGAGAGAAGCUCGACGCAGGGGACACCACAAUCAUUCCCACCCUCACCCCCAUCCUCUUGGGCACAGCCAAUCCGUUCGGAUUUUACGGCCUCACGGCGCAGGCAUCUUUGAUCAUUCCACAAUGCGCACCCGCCGUACCGGAUCGUUCUCAGGAGGACAUCGACAUGGACGAGGAGACGCAAAUGACGAUGGACGCAAUGAUCUCAUCAACGGCUUGUCGGCGCCACAAAGAGAUCAUGCGCAUCGCCGCCAGCCCCUCCAUAUUAACCGUCCUGAAAACGAGCCCAUCCGUGACCCGAAAGUGCGAGACUGCUUGAACACCCUCAAAGCACUUGGAUUUGAUAGUGGGCUGCAAGGAGGCGCAGAACGGCUCACCAUUUAUGCUCAGGCAGCUAAUGGCGAUUUAGAGGAGGCUAUGGAUAUGAUUGAGGAAGAGAAGCGGGCUUAUGAGCAGAGGGGUCCGCGUUUGGUUUAAUCUUUGAUUUGGUUUGUUCCAAUGGCUUUUACUAAUUUGAUGGCGCCGUUUAAGUGAAAGGGUCUCCGCUGAAGUGUGAGAUGUUCUUAGGGCCUUGAUGGAUCUUUGCGUGCUGGGUUUUGCUUCUUCUUUUUUUUUUUUUUUUUUUUUUUUUUUUUUUUUUUUUUUUUUUU